UCUUGUGGACGACUUGACAAAUGCAUACCUGGUGGAACAGACUAUGACUGAUACAUUUGAGCUCUCCGCUAAGGAAAUAGCCAAUAGUGUGAUAAAAGGAAUAAAAAAAGGAUUUAAAAAAAAACAUACAAAUAGCAGCAAUUUCAUUUCCAUGCUAGCUUUAGUACCGGAUGUAUUUGAUAACUCUUUACAAAUUGUCGAAAUACUUUCCCAAACUAAUAAACUGUUGGAUUACAUUAAUGCGGAGAUGGUACUGAAGCUCUCAAAAAUUGAGCUUAAAACGCCAGCAAAAGAAACACAAGUAAAUCUACUAAACGGAAAAGAUUUUGAGCGCUUUCAAACGGAAGUGAUCGGUCAAUGGGAAAAUAUAUUAAAUAAGCACGUUGGAAAAUUGAUCGCACAACAUGUUGUGCAGCCAGUGCUUAAAUUCGGCGUGCAAUUGGCCUUGUCAUAUGUCGCCGAAGGUUUAAUGCAUAUAAGAGACAGCCCAAACACUACCCUGGACAGACAUGUUGACAAACUAAAGAACAAGUAUGAGAAGAAAAUCACUCGACCUGAUAUGACGGACGAUACGAAGCGUCAGCUUAUAGACCAGUAUCAUGGGCGGUUGCUGAAAAUGCUGCACAAAACUCGUAGUCCAUCUCUGUUGGGCACUAUCAUCCGGGAGAACGUUCCAAUGGAUUUGAAGUGCGUCGGGGCCUGUACUAACAUAGUACAUAGAAUGUUACAGGAACAAAAUUCUAAUAUCACGGGUCUUACCAUAACUGUGCGUGGAAAAAAGGGAAUAGAGCAAUCGUUUACUUCUGGUAAGAAUGGUCGCAAAGUAUAUCUGGAACUGUUAGAAAACCAUUUUACUGUAUCACAGGUGAAAGGUUCAAACAUUGACACGACUGAGAACAAUAGUCUGUAUGGAGCGCUAACGAUUGCUCUCCCGACUUUGCAAUCGAUAGAGCCAACCGUAUUCCGAUCUAAGUUAAGCAAAUACAUUGAAAAUAACAAAAGCCUCCAUCAUCUCAUUCAGCAGAGCUUACAACACGCUCCGUUAAAACAAGGGGUGAUUGUAAGUGCUAAAAUUAAGAAGGUAGACUAAGAACGACCAAGCCACAUUACGACGACGUUCUCUUUUGUGAGUAGGCGAACGAGAGAGAGAGAUGUAGAGAGAGAUACAAAGAGAGAGAAAGAGAGAAAGAGAGAGAGAUGGAUACUAAGAGCAUAAAGCAUUUUAACGACAAAUCGAUCAUAAACCAAGUAGAGAUCAUCAUUUUUGUUGUAUUAAAAAGGUAAAACAGUUUAUUAGUUUUGAAAUUAAAAUGAUGUAAAAAACCAUGUACUAUUGUUUAUCAACUGCUUAGUCUGUUAUCAUUGUAAUGUAGAAAAACGUUCAACACCUAAUUCGUUAAACACAUAAGUUAAACAAAACUGGUCAACGUUUAGAUAUCAUUACAUUUAUUCGUUGGAUAGCAAAAUCUAGAGAAUCGAAUAUCGUUCGGUUUUAAUUUUCGCGGAACGUAAGGUCCGCAGCAAAAACUACUGUAGAAUGUGUACAAAUUGUAAUUUAUAACGCAUUUUGGUCCAGAUGAUCGUAUUGGAAGUCAGUUAUCUACAGGUAGAACGCAGCUAAGCGCACAAGGAUCGAGAGAUUAUCCAUUGACAUUGGAACCAGAAUCUUGCAGAUAAUCAUAGUUGUUCAGUCAGAACCGUUAUUGCACAAAUUCUACUUACUUACGUACUGAUACAUAUAGCCUGAUAUAUGAUGUCAAUCAGCCUUCGUUCUUCCUAUAUGACACGAUGAUACGCUUACUGUUCCUGUGUAGUUCCUGUGAUUUAUAAAUUAUUAUUACGCUGAUCAUCACUUCUAAAGAUAAUAACUGGACGAUGAUUUUUAUUUCCGCACCAUAACAACAAGAAGUUUCUUUCUACGUCAAUAAUAACGUUCUGAUCAGUUAGCAACGCCUCGUUAUCUCACUGUUUUUAGAUAUUAUUAUUAUUAUUAUUAUUAUUAUUAAACAGGGACGAAGUAAAAUUGUAUUUUUGGCAUAAAAAAGGUCAUAGACUCAGUAAAUGUUUAGAAUUAAGAUUAGUAUGGGAUUAUAUAACACCGUUAAAAUGUAAACAUAUGUUGUCAUAUGAAGUCUCGUCACAAAACUCAAAAAAGUCAUUUGCAUAAAAAUUCAAGAUUUUUAACGUAUGCGUCAUUCGCCAAACAUAUGAAUGGAUUAUGGUUUUAUUUUUAAAUAAUUUUAAAUAUCAAGAAACCAUCGAGCAUGUUAAACGGUGUACCAAACUCAGAUAAAAUAUUUGAUCUAAAUAAAUAAUAUAUAAAGUUUUUUUUUAUUUAUGAAAAGAGAGGGUUUGCAAAAAACACACUCAUACAAUAGGACAUUUUGAAAAAGUGUAAAAAGUCUAAACAUCAUAUAGGAAAUGAUUACCUCUGGGUUCUACUUGUAUGUAACAAGAUUAUAUUGUAUGCUCGUUUUAGUAUUUUUGCUGUAAGAAAUAUGAUAUUUCACCAGAAAAACCUAAAUAAUCAGUGAAAAUGUUUAUGAGUAGAUAAAAUAAUUAUGAAGAUCUAAGCAAACUUUAGGAUUUAAAGAGAUGUAAUACCAUGUAAUUUAAAAACUAUUCCUUCAAACGCUCAGUGGGUGUUGGAUUCGCCUUUUUGCAUGGAGACUUCUAAGUGAGCCUAAUGAAAUUGAUAAAGUGCCACAAAACUGCCAUGUGAAUGAAUGUUCAAUGAAUGAAUCAGCAUAUACCAUAGCAAUGUUUCAAUGAAACAGCUAGCACUCUCUCUCUUUCUCUUGUUGGGCUGCUCACGAUAGAGCACGACGGUGUGACAUGGCCCGGUCCACAACAAUUCUCCAGGAUGCUCGGUCCAUGGCUGCAGCCUCCAAUCCAUGUAGACACCCGAUCUCCGACAGGUCUCGCUAGCAAGAUAGCAAUUACCACAACUGACUAGAAACAUAAAAACUCUGUAUGGAUAAAUGUCUGCCAUUCCAUCUGCCCUAAUAUGCAUUGAGCUGAUUUUGUUAAUUGUGAUUGUGUUAAAUUAUGUUAAUACAUAAUGGGAUUGGAAUCGGUACUAUCUAUUGGCAACGUGAACGUGAGACCUUCGACCGGUUUCGUUCAGCUCUGCAUUAGGACAAAUUGCCCAGAUGGCAAAGAGCCAUCUCAACACUAAACUGCAACUAUAGUGGGUCUAAGAACAUGUUGUAAAAUAGCCGUCUCAUGGGGCAGCCUGGUCAUCUGAUAGAUAGGGGCACGUUAGAGCUCCACAACGUCAGCUAAUGGGAAAGUCUCAUCCAGCUCAUCCACCACACCGAUUAUGUUGAUAAGGAUAAGAUAAUGCAGACCUUGUGCUGCAAUCAAAAUUAAAAUGCAAAAUGCAAAAUGCAAUUACCUAAAUGUGAAAAUGUUAUAAGUAAGAUGAUUACUAUUCAGUUAGUAGUAUAGUAGUUGAAUAAUAGAUCACUAGAAAUUAGGACUAGAAGAGCAGAGUUUGUAAUGUCGUAUUUAUAGUUUGAUUGCAGUUUAUAUAUUAAAUACAUCUUCCGGAGUAAGUAGGUUGAUUCAAUUGAUUCAAUUUAUGUAUUAAUGUUUGUUUGUUGAUUUCAUUUUCAAAAAACGCCUCCAUAUCAGUUUUAUAAACGUAUUUGUGUACUUGUAUAGCGGUCCCGUGGUGCAGUCGUCAGCUCGCACGACUUAACAACAUGCCCGUCGUACGUUCAAACUUAGAGGGGGCCGCCCGGCCCCCCGGUAGCAAUAUCUGGCUAUCAAGCUGCAUGGUACUAAAGUCUCGAAAUCCUGUAUAGGGCUGCAUGUCCCCAUAGGAAGACAGAAGAAGAAGGCCAAAUAGAAGAAUAAGUACUUGUAUCGUAAACGUACGCUAUUGCCUUUGUGCACUGUUAAUAUAAAUUCAUGCCUGAACAAUUUUUUUUUUUUUGCUUAUACCACACUUACUUACAUAUCUGGCGCUACAACCGCUUUGCGGUCUUGACCUCAGGAAUGUCGGAAACUGCUCAAGGUUUCGUGCCUCCUCGUCUUUAUACUAGCAUUUUUAUUACAAUACAUGCUACUAAUUGGCAAAAAAGAAUUAUUACAAUUUUUUAACAUACAUUUGUAGGUGAAAUACGGUUUUUGUAAUACGUUAAAAUAUUUAUAUGGUAUCAUGUGUUGAAAUACAAAAGAAUGUUAAACGGUUGCUAGCAAUAUUUACAUGGUAACCAGUAACAAGUAGAUGGUUUUUGCUAGUUCAUUACCCCUUCGCGAACCCUGCUAGAUUGCCCUGUCCAUGAGGAAAAAGAUGGAAGUUUUUCAAGCAGAAAGCGUAUCAUCUGAGGGCACCUGAAAGGUAUGCAUCAACCCCUUUCUUAUCUUGGAUCGUGCUUUGAACAUCGUGCAAAGCAAACGCCGUAUCACUUCGUCGCCAGUGCUGUUAGCGGUAACACACGGAGUGAGUUUGUGUGGCGUGUUCCGUAUUGUGAAUCGAGGCAAGCUUUUAUCAGCUAUAAUUUCUGUUUAAGAAUACAAUUUAUCACAGUUAUCGUACCAGUGUUUUGAAAAAAGCAAUAUCAAACGAGUUAAACAGCUCGCAACAGAUGAGUUAAUGCCACUACCCUUCUCUAAUCGUGUGCGUCGAGCUAAGCGUAUCUUGCAAAGGAUGCGUCAUCACAUGUUCGUGUCAAUACCGGUAAGCACCGGCCGGCGUCAUGAAGUGCGCAUGACCGAGUGCAUAUAAAUUGAGAGUGAGAACGUAAAGUGUUUAAAUUGGUUCAUUAAGAAAGAAAGUAACGUAGCAAAAACGUUAAGUGAUUUGUGCGACUUCAAACGAAAUGAUAAACAUGUGGUGAUGGGAAUUCCCCAAUGUAAAGCAUUUUGCUUGUGUUUACUUGCCGAUUCCGGCAGACGGAGACGGUUUCAGUUAUUCUGCAGUUGUGUGAACCAACGUGACCUUGACUGUUUCGGAAUUUCUACUCCAUAGCAGUACAGUAGUGUGAUUGACAAUGUUGCAAUUAAAUUGUGAAAUUAUACAAAUGUGGUUGAAUGUAAGUGAAGUCUGAUGGUAUGUAGCGUCAAACGAAGCAAGACAGUGUAACGUGCUGAUGCCCUGCGUGAAGGAUUGAUUCUUCGAAACGGCUGUAAUCUAUUAAGCAAUUAACGUAUAAAACCAACAAGAUACGGGAUAUAUGGUCGUCGAUAAGGAAAAUGUAUAAAGUGAUAAGCGGUUGUGGCUGGUGCUUACCAUUAAAGUGAAUCAGUGAAUAAAAAACAACGUGCAAAUAAGCAAUAACAUAGUCCAAUAACAAUAACGAAAGACAUCCGAUCAUGGAAUUGCCGGUGACGAUACGGGAGAGGAGUGUGGACAGCCGAACGGUGAUUGAAGUGAAAGGGAAAUAUAUCGUGCUAAGUGAAAUUAAAUCACGCAUAGAAACCCUCUUGGCCAACUCUACUGUUGAAGAGGUUCGUAUCUUUGCUGGCAUCAUUCUUACCAUCGAUGUGGAUCUUUCUCGCGAUGUUUGGCAUGGGCGAAAUCUGGUGGUUUUGGCGAACGAAAUCAAAGUGUGCACUACGGUUCGUUGGAAUGUGUCUGGGAAAGAUAACGACCAUAUCUACACGUCGAAUGCCGGUACGGAUGGGAACGGUGUUGGCAAACAAGGAGCCGAUGGAUAUCCGGGCGAAAGUGGAGGUAACGUUUUAUUGCAGGCAAACACAAUUCAACACCCCGAACGAUUGACGAUCAUUUCGAACGGUGCAAACGGAAGCAACGGUCAGGAUGGUGGCAAUGGAAAGGCGGGCGUCGACGGUAAAGGUAUCUCUAGGGCAGACUUUGAGGACAAGUUUCCGCCGACUGCCAAGUUUUUGGAGGGGCCUCGUGCUAGCCGCGUAGAAACCACUGUCAAAAACAUUAAAAACUUAACUCGAAACAUUAAAACACAGUGGUUGGUUACAACAAUGCCCUUAUUUCCCGUCAAUACCACUCACAGAGAAAACGUACUUUAUCACACGGAUUUUCGUAUCGAUUACUUUAACAGUCUUUACAUCGAGGUGGAAACGCACGAUGGCUGCGAGAUAACUUUUUCUUUUCAGCAAGGCACAACGUUUUACAACUGCCAAUCGUUUCUGAUGUACAAGGGAACAUCUGGCCAGCGUGGACAGGCUGGCGGAGGAUAUGGGCUGGGAGGUCAAGGUGGAUUUGCUGGCGAAGUGACAAUUAAACGUUUAUACGACGGUCGUACGUUUGACAUUAAGACAUACUGCAACCGGGGCAAUGAUGGAGAUAACGGAAAUGGUGGAUUGUAUGGUGCGCACGGUAAAAAUGGUUGGGACAUGGGUUAUGUGGAUUACAUAACGCACGAACCAAAAUUGUAUGGACAGGAUGAAAAGAGCAAACUUCAGCUGUCGUUCUAUGAAGAAAAUUCAUCCAGCAGAAUGUAUUGUCCAUAUAAGGCUUACAUCGACAGCAGCUACAAAUAUGCUGGAUUCCAGGUAUCAAGAAUUGACCAUCAAUCUAGUAACGAAUUCAGGGAAAGGAACAACACCCAGUCACGUACCGACAGACAGCAUCAUGCGAAAGCAAUAGGGAAGAAAUCCAUUCCUGGGCUGCGCAUUGCUGCUGCAUUUUCCGAAUACUUGCAAGAAAUUGAACAAGAAAGGCAGCAAUUGGAAAAACAAAGAAUCGAGAGAGAAAAGCAAGAAUUAGAACGGCUGCGAAUCGAGAAAGAAAAACAGGAAUUAAAGAAACAACGGGAAGAACUUGAAAAACAAAAUUUGGAAAAACAACGGAUCGAGAGAGAAAGGAAGCAGGAAUUGGAGAGACAACGGAUUGAAAAAGAAAAGGCACGAUUGGAAAAACAACGGAUUGAGCAAGAAAAGCAGGAAUUGGAGAGGCAACGAAUCGAAAAAGAGAAGCAAGAGCUGGAAAAACAGCGGAUCGCACAAGAAAGGAAAAACAUUUUACAACAACAAAUCGAACAAGAAAAGCAACGUUUAGCACGACAGCAGAUUGAAAAAGAAAGGCAACAAGAAAUGGCUGAACAGGUGAAAGAAUAUUUGAAUUGUGAUGCAUUGCAGCAAGUUGUUGAAAGCCAAUACGCAGAUCUUGAUCGAGUCACGGAUCUGGACAUAAAACGGUUUGUUAAUUUUACACAAGAUACUUCUGAUCAGGAUCGAAACGAGUUUGUUAAACUUGGUGAAAUGUAUAAAGAUCCUGGUCGAGAGGAAAUAUUCAGCAAAUUGUACAAUAACUUGAAUCUAGACGAUUGGCUACAGCUUCGAACACGUCCUGCUGAUCGCCCUGAGCUGGUGUCUUUGGUGGAACAUUUUAAAUCAUUAAAAUCACAGUUCGAACGUUUGCUUGGAAGGGAUUGCAGUGCUAAGAUAACGAAUGUUACAGAAACGUUGAAAAUCAAGUAUAAAAUAGCAAUUCUGAAAGAAAUUACACAGGAACUGCCGACCUGUUUCACAACAGUGAAUCGUUUCGUAUUGACAGCAAAGACUGUAGGGAGAUAUCUGGAAGAAACGGAUGAAAAGAAUGACACAUUUUAUCAUCCCGAUCUUGGCACUUUGAAGCAAUACAUUUUUGAAAACAAUCCAGCACAACGAGAUAACAUUAACAAAUUCAUGGCAAAAGCAUCAGAAAGUAACGACAAUGCGAUCAAACGUGCCGUAGAAACAUUCAUUAUGGAAACAGAUAGCUCAAAAGAUGAAAAUAAACGUGUGAAACUGUUUUAUGAUGAGUAUCAGAAUUAUUUGGAGAAACAGCAAAGAAAUAUUGAUGCUAUAACGCAAUCAUUAGCAGCAGAACUAAAGAAAUCUAAACAUCAAGAAGCAUUCCGUCUGUGGAAUGAAAGCAUUGAUGACGAUGGUUUGCUGGAGGAUUUUGAAGAAUUGAUUAGAAAAGAUAAGGUGUUGAGCUCACUGUAUGAUGAACUGAAGCGUGCGGAAAAUGCUGAAUAUGACUGGGAAAGGUGUUGUACCGAUGAAAAAAUACAAGAAAUACUCCAGAUCAACUUAAAGCAGGAAGGAAUCAUGUGCAAAAGUUACAGAGUACUGCUGGCGUAUACGUAUGAUGUGAACAUUCGGGUGUAUGCCAAGAAUGAAGACAAUGAAAUCGUUCUGAUAGAAGAUCAUAAUCCAAAAUCCAUUAAAAUUACACACAUUUUACACAAAUCGAACGAAUUCAUUCAACUGAAAAUCAAUGAAAGCUUCCGCCAGUUAGAAGAAGAGCGUCUGCACAAGGAUCGAAUUUUCAGACGAAUUCUGACGGAGAUAAACGGAAUGCAGGACAUACAGACCAUCGAGAAUUACUUCGAACGAGAAGUAUUCUAUCGAAACAGUUCUAAUUUCGCUAAAAUGUUUGAAGAUUUAGAAGACGAGAUAACAGUUGAAAAGAUUGCAGCAUUUUUUUCAGCCGAUGAGAAGGACCAAAUUGCUCAUCGUCUGAAGAACAUUUCUCCCAAAUACACCGGCCAACAUGGAGUGUUCGAAAGCAUCUUACUGCGUUUUUCUUUCGAAGGCAGCCAUGUGUCAUCAAACGAACUGUGUUUCUUAAUCAACUCUAUACUUGCUCACACUGUUGAAGCAAGGCAAGAAAGGUACACCUUUUCAUGGAUUGUUGCAGCAUACAAUCAGUGCAGUUGGACAGAUGAGCUGGUGUUGCUGCAGCUGGAGAACUGCUACAAGAGACAGCUGCAGGAAAAACCCAAAUGGCGCAAGUACAUGUCAAAAAUCGAAAAUAAGGCAGUUUUGUUAGUAUUUUCUGUUCAGUUUACUCGUAAGCCUUGUCCUGCGCAGUGUGUUGAAGAUAUCUUGCACUUGCUGAGUAACAUUCCAAUAGAAUCGAUUUGUCUAGAUGAACUGGAGCUAACAGAGUGGCCUUAUGUGCUUAAGGAAUGCUAUUGGACACAUAAGUUGAAAGCUCUUAUAACGUGGGGAAAUGACUCGGAAGCCUUAACUUCUGCUUCGUUCUUCGUUCUGUCCAUAGAGAACACGUAUGGAAACAAGUUGGUGGAGAAUUUAUUUGAAUCGUUGGUGGAAAAGCGCAGUGAGCUUACGCAUUCUAUGUUAUUAAACGUGCUAUCUUGCUUUCAUAAACAAAAGUGGAAUUUAUGUGUUGAUGAUAUUAACCUUUUAAGUCGAUGUAGUAUCAAGAAAUGGAUUAAACAUAUGGAAGAAAAGUUCAAGAUAAACUUAAAGGAAUUAAAUAUUUCACAGAUAGCAACUAUCAUUAGAGGCAAUGCUAACACAUCAAAUAAUAUAGUGAAACAUUUACCUCAAAUUGAAAAUUCAGUAACAAGCAUUUAUAAUAACAAGAGAACGAUACACACGAGUUUGAUAUCCUCUUUUUUGCUCAACGACGUAGAAAAAUGGGUUCAAGAGUUCCAUGUUAAGAACCAGAAAACGAAUACAAACAUGUACGAAGAAAUGCUUGCUGUAAUAGGUAGGGCAAUUGAGCUUAAGAGAGGGUUUAAGUUACGAGACACCCAGCUAUUGACAAUUUUGGCCUUACUAGUCAACGAUAACAGCACUUUGGCACAAGUAUCUACAGGCGAAGGUAAAUCAUUGAUCGUAGUAGCGACCGCGAUCAUUAAAGCGCUCCUAGGGGAGAAGGUAGAUAUUAUCACCAGCUCCUCAGUACUGGCUCAACGAGAUGCUGUCACCAACAAUGAUAUCUACGAAUUGUUUGGUCUUAGUGCCUCCCACAACUGUAGCGAACAGAUAGAGGAGCGAAAGGAAGCUUACUCAUGUAAUCAAAUAAUUUACGGAGAUUUGGCAAACUUUCAACGUGACUAUUUAUUAGACAGAUUUUAUGGAAAGCAUGUAUUGGGUGAUCGUAGCUUUGAAAAUGUGAUCGUCGAUGAGGUGGACAGCAUGUUGCUCGAUAAGGGAAACAAUAUGAUAUACCUGUCGCAUGACAUUGCUGGUAUGGAUAAGCUGGAAUCGGUAUACUUGUUCAUUUGGCAAAUGGUCAACAGUCCAACCGAUCUUCCGGAAGAUGUACAUAUGGAAGCGGUUAAAAGAUCAGUUUUAAGUGACAUGUAUGCAAUCAUCCAGAAAGAGGAUAUCCAAAGUUUGGACAAUGCUUUGGGAAAAUCGAAUGUAUUGGUGCUAUGGGAGAGAUUAGUUAAGUCUGGAAUAAUAAAUGACGCAGGAAGAUUACAAACGAAAGCUAUUGAUUCCAACAAAUUAGAAAAAGUACUUAGACCAGAUUUCACACAAUACAAAGAUCGUCUAAGCUUCUUACUUACGUCUUGUGUCGAACGCGAAACGUGCAUCAAAAUACCAAAUUAUCUAAAAGCAUUCGUGGAGAGACACUUGGACAGUUGGAUUUCAAGCGCCAUAACAGCACUGUACAUGGUCCCGGGACAGUACUACGUGGUGGAUGUCGACAGAUCUGGAACAAGUGCCGACCUUAAUGCGAAUGUAAUUAUUCUCGACAGGGAUACGGGUACUGAUCAGGUGAGCUCACAGUGGGAUGAGGCGUUGCACCAAUUUUUGCAGCUUAAGCACGGUUGUAAGCUGUCAACCCAAAGCCUGAAAGCAGUUUUCAUUUCCAACGUUACAUAUUUGAAAAUGUAUGAACUGCUUUAUGGUUUAACAGGAACGUUAGGAUCACAGAGAGAAAGACAUCUGCUUGAGGAGAUACAUCGGGUUGACUUUGUUACUGUUCCUACCGCCAAGUCGAAGCAGUUUGAAGAGUAUGAACCUAUCAUUUGUUCGAGCAGUGAGGAUUGGAAAAAACAAAUAGGACAAGAGGUGAAUAAACUAACAAAAAUUGAUAAAAGAUCGGUCCUGAUCAUUUGUGAGACGAUCAGGGAUGUCGAAUCAUUCCAGAUGGUGUUUGAUUCUGAGGAGCACUCAAACGUUCACACUUAUGUACGUGAUUAUGAAACGUUUACUGUUGCGGAAGGGGACAGAAAGUUGGAACCGGGACACGUUAUCAUUGCUACCAAUUUGGCAGGUCGUGGCACAGAUAUAAAAAUAUCCGACGACCUUCGGAAGGCCGGAGGGUUACACGUGAUACUAACAUACCUUCCGGCGAACAUUCGAAUUGAAGAGCAAGCAUUCGGAAGAGCAGCUAGAAGCGGAGAUAAGGGAUCGGGUCGGAUGAUAAUAAUGAUAACCGAUGGAAAAAUGCACAAUCGUUCUAUGAUAUUUACCCUCAAGCAAAAACGCAAUGUCGAUGAGCUUUUCCGCAUAUCUGCUAUAAAAACUUAUUACGAAACCACUAUUAAAACAGAAGAGAGUUGUUUUGAAGCAUUCAACGAGUUGUAUGAGAAAAAAAUGAAACUUUUAGCUAAUGCGAAAGAGCCAGUGAAGGAUAUUCUGCUCCAAUGUUGUUUGGACAGAUGGUCGUUUUGGUUAGACGAAAACAAUGUACAGAUAGGAAAAGCAUCAGAUGAGGCUUCCAAGCGGGAAGUAAAACAACUGUUGGAGCACUUUCUAUCACAAUUUGAUGAUCUGAAAGCAACGAGCGCAAACUAUUGGCCAGCUUGGGUUGAAGAAAACCCAAUGCAAAUGAUCAAAUUGGGAAAAUAUAUUUCACAACACGAUUCGAAGCAUCGCGAUACAGCAAUGCAACUGUUUGGGAAAGUUAUCUCGAAUGAACCGUGGUUUUGCGAAGCCGCUUAUUACUAUCGUGCAUACACACGAUCGCUUGACAACAUGAACGUUGGCGACUUCAAAAAGGAUUUGCGUAUGGCAGAAAAACUCUUAAACGAUCAUAUAAAAUAUGCAAUGCAUGCAUCAGGUAUGGUGUGUAAGCUAAAGAAUAACACACCACCGAUCGAGGGCUAUGAAGAGCAAAAGAAGUGUCUCAUUAAUCUAUACUCAUUGUUCAUUCAAUCCAUAGACGACAUGUUGGGUCAUGCUGUAAGUCCUGAAUCGUUUGUUAAUUAUGAAAUAAAGGAGGAUGUUGCUGGAAUAAUCUUUGACGAUCUUGUACGAAUCGGCAUGAUAAAGAAGGCUCAAGUAAUCGAUAACAUACCUAAUGAUCAGAUUCAGAGACUUCACGUCGAGUACGGGAUACCUGUAGAUCAGUUGAAGAAGUUCUUAGCUCAACAUAGGGGCCCUAUCGAUGACAAAGAAUUCCUUAAAGCUAUUCGAGAAUCAUUUUCAUUUCCAAGCAGAAGCGAAUUUUGGGAAACACUUAUUAACCAAAAGGCUCUGCUCAGUGUUGAAAGGUAUGUUGCGAUCAAUGAAGAACGGCUCAAAAUAAUGAAUCCUGCUCUAAUGAACGUUCUGAAGGAAAAGGUAGACAAAGGACAGCUGGUGAAAGCAGUUGUUAAGCUAGAUAAGCACCAGAUCUUGUUGAUCCACGAACAACAGUCACAGUUUUACUAUGAGAAAGAGAAGCUCAUUGAUAUGAUCGGUAGAACGAAGUAUACCUCUCUUGAAGAAAAUGGUCUACUAUCAUGCAACGAAAAGGCAACCAUAGACCCAAGUAGAAUUACUGGUUGUGUGUUCUCUGCCUUUGAUUCUAUAACAGUUCAGGAUAUUACAAACAAGACAAGAAUUACAACGAGUGAAGCGAAAAAUAUCAUCGCAGAACUACUUAAGCGUAAUGUUCUACAAAAAAGGGGUGAAACGUUUGUCCUACCAAUGAACUAUGACGAUAGCCAGGAUGUCUUGCUUCCCACCUAUCCAGUGUAUGAGAGUGUCGUUAGAAACGUCCUUGCUUCAUGUUUUGCCUACAGAUUAGCUCUGAGAAACAUUGCACGACAACUAGAAGAGGAGAACUGUUCUGACAUUCGUAUAGAAUUGAAGCCCAAUCCCCAUCAAAUGUUUUUUACCGACUUACUGGAGCAUAAGAUAAUACUCCCUCCUAUGGCCACGCAUGAGAUCGAUGAAAGUAAAAUCAAGGCAAUGUAUAAAACAUCAUGGUCGAAAGGGGCAUGGAUAAGCAUACUUUCUAAGGAUAUUGGUUUGUCUCAAGAAUACACCAAGCUCCUGGUGGAUGUGCUGCUUAAAAACCGUUUUAUUGUUCCAAACCCCUUAAUGGAAUUGUUGUUAUUUUCUCCUUCAAAUAACAUGUCUGAAGAAAUAAAGAAUGCAUUGACAAGCUACAGGUUCAAUUCGAAAGAUGACCGAACUAGCGUAGCCUAUUUAAAAUCAUGCAUUGCAUCAAUCAAUCAAAAGCAUGGACUUCUUGAAUCCUGCGACGUUGGAGUUGCGAUUGAAAAGUGGUUUAACAAUCAAUUGCUGUUAAUUGAAAACGGAACUGCUAAACAUAUUGAGAAUGUCUUAAGUAAGUCGAAAUCGUCUCUAGCAGCAUUAAAUGUUCCGCAUGGCGCGCUGAAAUCGAUCAUGGACUUUUAUGGUAAAGGAAACUUUGGAAGCAUCGAUGAGAUGCGGAUCUUCAUCACAAAUGGAUUAGAGCAUCUGUUAGAGCUAGGAGAGAGAAAAUGGACCAUGGAAAUGAUAUUGAAAACCUCACUGGUGUUAGCGUUUGGUGUAGCACAGAUAACAAUUGGCGCUAUAAUGGAGGUGUAUUCGGGUGGAAUGAUGACUCACGUUGCCGGAGCUCUCAUGGGCGAAGGUGUCAGCGACAUCAUGUUUGCUGUGGGUUCUUUUAAGUCAGGUCACUUCAGCUGGAAAGAUUACGGAAAGCAUAAGUUACAAAGUCUGCUUUUUACGAUCGGUACGGCCGGUGUGGGAAUGUAUCUCUCCCAGGGCGCCAAGAUGUCUCGCAUAGGUUAUAAAGUUGCUGGACCAAGUCUCGAGUACGGUGGCAAACGGGUUGCCGAAUCAUCCGGAAAGCAGUUAAUCAAAGCAGUUGGUGGACGGACGGUCGUUAAGGAGAUAGCGAAGUGUGUGGCGCUCAAAACAGCAGAAAGUGUCGCAUUUGCUGUGGCAAAUACGGCCGUGGAUACGGUUGUUGAAAAUCAUCUGCAAUCCAUGUUGAACUCCUUAGCAUCGGAUAUUUUAUCUGGAGUUAAGGGUGAAGUAGCAAAUCAUAAGGUUGCUCACAAUUUGCAGAAAGCGUACGAUCGUUUAGGUGAAAAUGAUGCUAGAGCCCUCGUGAACGACUUGACAAAUGCAUGCAUGUUGGAACAGAACACGACACAAACCUUCCUUCCACUCACCAAGCAAAUCAGCCAAAGCGUGAUGCAAGGAAUCGGGAAGGCAAAUAAAAAAACAGGUACCACAAACAGUGCCAUGGUGCUCAUCAACCAAAUCAGUCGAGUAAUGGAUUGUGUGGAUCGUGUUGCACAAGUCUAUAAAAUGCGCAACGCAACACACCAAUUGCUUGAUAGUAUUAACAUCGAAAUGGAGCGGAAACUCGCAAACAUUGAGCAGAACUCAGCUCCAUCGAAAGAAACCCCGGCAAAUGGCAAAGAUUUUGAGCGCUUUCAAAGGGAAGUGGUUGAGCAAUGGGAAACGACGUUAAGUAAGCACGUUGGGCAACUGAUCGCACAACAUGUUGUGCUGCCAGUGCUGAAAAUGGGCGUAAAUAGUGUCCUUUUACAUGUAGGUACAGCAUUGAAGGACAUUAGACGCAGCAUGGUAGAGUCGGAAUUGAGCAGAGAUGUUCAUCGGCUGAAGGACGAACACGAACAGAAGAUGAAUAAGCUCGAUAUGACAGCAGAAACAAAGCGUCAACUGACAGAGGAAUAUCAUGGUCAAUUGCUGAAGAUUAUGCACAAGACUCGUAGUCCGUCUCUGUUUGCCACCAUCAUCCGGGAAAACGUUCCAAUGGAUUUGACUUGUGUCGGGGCCUGUACUCCAAUGAUACAUAAAAUGCUACAGGCACAACAUGGUGCGUUAUCGGGGCUCACAAUCACUGUCCACGGGGAAAAGGGUAUAAAACAAUCGUUCAGUUCUGGAACGGGUGGUCCCGAGAUUCACCUAGAUCUGAAGGGCAAUCAUUUCACUUUCGGAGCUGGAGAGUCAACUGUUGCCACGACAGGUAAUAAUUGUCUGUACGGAGCACUAGCCACAGCUAUACCGGAUCUGCAAGCUGUAGGAGAGGAUUCGUUCAGGUCCAUGUUGUGUGAUUCCAUCCAGCAUGAUGACAGCAUGCACCAUCACAUUCGACAGGGUUGGCAUCGUGUGCCGUUAAAGCAUGGUGCGGUUGGCGGAGCCCGCAAGUCCCCUGCCAACACGACCAAUAUAGAAGAUGGUACAUUUAAAACACCGACGGUGAUCCUGUCGAAUGAUAGACCAAAAGGAAAGCCUAAAGCACGUUGCUUAAGCAAAACGCCGUACGUAGAUGAUGAAUCAUCCACAACCAAUGAGCUGCAAGGCGAAUCAAGUCAACCCGUCACGAACGAUUCCAGAACUCCCGAGUAUCAUCUGGAUUCGCGUGUAGCUCACCAUACGGGUCGAUUUGCAGGGGAGUUGAAAAAAAUCGCUGAAAUAACGAACAUUCCUGUGGAUGAACUGAUCAAAGCGGGGCGCAGUAUGUUCAAGGCGAGCAGAAACUGCUCUGGACAGGAUCAGCAGCAGGCGCAUGUGGUGCGGGUUUCCAUCCUGGUGGAAAGGCUAAAAACCGACUUUCCAGAUUUAUACCAAAGGCUCACACGCCACGCCGGUCACACACAGCUAGUUGAUAAGUUUGUGAACGUGUUUCAUAAAAUAGGUGGAGAUAUCGAUAGGAAUCAGGCCGACUGGAUACUUGAUCUUGCAACUGUAGAUUUCACGACAGGAUUAAACGAUCAUUCGAGAGAAGUGUUUGAGAAAUAUAAGAGCUCUGUUUUGAGAGUGUUUGAUAACAACAUCAACUCAAACAAGUACAGUAAAGAGCAGGUGUUGGUUAUAAAAAAUGCAAGAAAAAUAAUGAACAACACAAACAUCCAGGUGUUGUUUGAACGUGCACAGAAAGGAUAUGAUUUUAAAUACGAAUACAAACCUUCGGGGCGCGGUGUGGGAAGACCCAAAAUUUAUAGAACAGAAAACGAGGAAUAGGUUUAUUGGCUCCUUAAUUUUCGACAUACUUUGAGGGCAAUGAGGAAUAGUCAUUAAGUUUCAGAAGAGAUGUAAUGGUUUGUAUGAUAUCGAAACGAGUUGUAUCCAUCUUUUAAACGUACUAUAUUGAGUUACUUAUGCGCUAUGAUUGUAAUAUCAUUGUUUUAGGAUCAAACUGUUUAAAAAAAGGCUUAAAUUGUCACUAGUAUCAUAUUGCUUUCCAACGACAAAAUUUAGGCUUAUGUAUGUUCUGCACUGUGUAGGAUUUUAUUCUUUGUUAAGGACGCGUCAGGGAGAGAGAUAGCUACAAUUAAUCUAUAGCUUGUACCUUGAAACACUCAAAUGAUUAUUAUUCAACAUUCUUCAUUUGAUAAGGGAUUCCUCAACACCCUUAAUGUAAUUGGAACAUCUUAUUCAAUGCACACAAUAGACUGAACCGGCCGCAAUCGAGUCUAAUCUACUCUGCGCUCUAAAUGAAUUAAAUCUUCUAUUGGAGUUUAUACCUGAAGGACGUUGGCUUGGAGUGGAUUGGUGUUAUAUUCAUAAACUGUCCAAUAACUACUACAGUGGAUUUCUGGCAGACAGUUUUUUACUUGUACUCUAGUUGUACUUUACUUGUAUUUAAAUGCGGAUCCAACGCGUGGAAGCAUAUGAAUUGGUUUUAUUCAUUGACUUUGCAAAAAAGGCCGAAAUCAAAGAGCUGCAUGCGGCUUGCUAGCCGAUCGCUGGUCUACGCUGAUCAACACUGAUGUCUGGGUUCAAAGAAGUUAAAAAACAAAUUACACAACUUGUUGACAAAGCUUUUGUGCUUUGUUCUAAUGGCUAACGAUCAGUUUCGAAAAGAAAUGCCUUAAAAAAGCAAUUAUCUGAGUGUGAAAAGGUUAUAAGUUCUACGAUUACCAUUCAGAAGGUUGGAGAGUAGCUAUAUAAUAGGAUAGUUAGUUAGGAUUAGUUUUAGCAUCGUAUUUAAAGUUUCUUUGCAAAUUUAACACUUAAUCAUGUUUCCGGAGCAAGUCAUUCGAUAAUCAGAUUUGUUUAUUGAUGUUUUUUUUUUAUACCAACGCCAUUACACUACAAAAAUCUUAUGCUAUUAUUUGUUAAUUAACAUAGAGGUAAUAAAUUUAGAUCAUUAAAAUCAUA